AUGGCAGAACAGGUUGAAAAGAGUUUCGCAAAGAUGGACCUGAAGGACAGAGGCCGGUCAACAGUCGCUCUCCAUGCUGAUGACAUUAUGAACAAUGUGACAGAUGUGUCCCCUCCAAUCCAUCUGUCGACGACCUUUAGAUACACCGAGAACCCAGACGAGUUAGUUCCGGAGUCUGAAGCUCAUGGCGGGCAUGAAGGGACAAAUAGCUACGUCUAUUCCCGCUGUGGUGCACCAAGCAGCACCCGCUUUGAGACCAUUCUCUCACAGCUCGUCAACGGCCACUGUCUAUCCUAUUCGUCCGGUCUCUCGGCUCUCCAUGCUGCGCUUGUCUUCUUCAACCCUCGCCAUGUCUCCGUCGGACAGGGAUAUCAUGGAAGCCAUGGCGUCAUGCGCAUUUUAUCUCGUCUCACAGGCAUGAAAAAGAUAGAUCUUGAUUGUCCUGCCGAGCAGCUGGAGAAGGGUGAUGUAAUCCUCCUUGAGUCACCAUUAAAUCCACAUGGAACUUCCUUCUGCAUAGAAAGCUAUGCGAAAAAGGCCCAUUCCCGAGGAGCAUACGUUCUUGUCGAUAGCACGUUUGGACCCCCCGGUCUCCAGGAUCCAUUCAAAUGGGGUGCGGAUAUGAUCAUGCACUCAGGAACCAAGUACCUAGGAGGCCACAGUGACAUGCUAUGUGGUGUCUUGGUCACCCAGCGAAAGGACUGGUAUUUAUCUCUUGCCGAUGACCGACAAUACAUCGGAAGUGUCAUGGGAAACUUGGAGUCGUGGCUUGGUACCCGAAGUCUGAGAACAUUGGAGAUUCGUGUACAGCGUCUGAGCCAGAAUGCCACUAACCUCGUGGCUUGGCUUGACGCAGCCCUUCACAAGGGCAAACCCAGGGCUCCCGAGACAACUGCCACCGUCACAAAUGAGGAAGCCAGCCUUGUCCAGAAGACGGUGGCCAAAAUCAACCAUUCUAGUUUGCAGAGAGAGGAUAUGGAGUGGCUGUCAAAACAGAUGCCUAAUGGGUAUGGGCCUGUUUUCUCCAUAAUGAUGAAGGAAGAAAGGAUUGCGCGUGCCUUACCAUCCAAGCUGCACUUUUUCCACCAUGCUACCAGUCUCGGCGGUGUAGAGUCGCUCAUCGAAUGGCGUGCCAUGAGCGACGCGUCCGUUGAGAGGGAGCUGCUCAGAGUUAGUGUUGGAUUAGAGAAUUGGCAAGAUUUGAAGGAUGAUAUUGUUGCUGGACUGAAGAGUCUCGCUUGA